AUGCGCGAUUAUCCAACAGUGCCAAAUGUAUUUCGUGUGGCAUCCUCACAUAGUGUUGACACAGACUGUGCUACUUCUAGUGCUGGUGGUUGUGAUAUAAAAAUUACUUCUGGCACAAAUGCUAAUUUACCCACAGGACAGUUAAGGCAGCAGCAACAACAACUGCAACAAAAACAACUAAAUGGCAACAUUAGUGGUCAACAACAAUCAUUAGUAAAAUCUUGCAUUUCCUCACAAACAACAACAACAGCAAAAACGUCAACAUCACUAAGUCAAACUACAACAACCCAAGCUUCAACAACAGCAGUAACAACAAAAUGUACAUCAUCAACAUUAUUAAAAACAAAACGACCACAAUGUCCACGUACUUCACAAUAUUAUUUACAGCAAUCGCCGUAUGCAACAUUGCCCAGAAAUACAGCAUCGUCUCUUUCAACUCUAUCACUGGUAUCGGCUGCUAAUGCCACUGAUGGUGACAUACGCAAACAACAGCGCCAUAACUCCAACAACAGUAACAAUAAUUCUCACAGUAACACAAACAACACUCAUCAAAACAAUUCUAAUGAACCCACAAUGUUGGGUGUUAUAAAUACAAUCUCCGGCAGCAUACCAUCAACUGGUUACACAAUGGAAUCACAUCAACUACCAACCAACAAGACAAAUUCAAAUGGAGCAGGUAGUGUGGGUGGCAUUGGCCAUCGUACCAUUUCCAUGGCCAGCGAUCUAAAUGCUGGUAUGAAUAAUUCAUGUACAAAUCUCAGUAAAUUGAAUGGUGUUCAACAAAAAAAUAUAAGACUGCAACAGCAACAGCAGCACCAACAAUCGACACAUCAACAUCAUGACUUUAAACAAACUGCUACAAUAACACCAGCAAUAGAUGACUUUACAACAUAUAGACGCCAAUACCCCUGUUCCUCCUUAGAACGCAAUGCAAAUGGUUAUUUAUGGAUUAUAACACCUGUUGCUGCCAGCAUAUCGGUGGCCAUUGUUAUUGCAGCUUUAGCUGGACCUCAAUGGUUGUUUACGGAAGAAAAAUUGCCAAAUACAUUAUAUAAUGGUACUGCUAACUUUAAUGUCCUGGAUGAUGGUGCCUUCAUUACGCGAUACACUAAAUCAAGUUUAUGGAUCAUAUGUACAACAUUACAGGAUUCAACAACAAAGUUGCUGUAA